AUGUCGCAUACACCAAUGAAAAAAAGUGUAUUUGAGCGUAUCGAACGCGGUGGAGGAAAUAGUUCACCUUCUAGCACAGCCAAUACUAGUCAUAAAAGUACACACGGUUUCUGUAAUAUUUAUAUAAAAGAUGGUACGUGUCCGUUAGGUGAUACUUGUAAAUAUAUACACGAGCAGCCCAAUCUUGAUAAACAGCAAGGAUCAAAAGGAGAAUUGCGCAUAACAAAGACAAUAACAAGAGUGGUCGAUAUGUCAUUACCAUCAAUAAAAAGUACUGUAACUGUAUCGAAUGAACAACGAGCUGUUUCGAGUUCAACUUCUACUCCAUCAAGUCGAACUGUUAUUGAAAGUGGCCUGACAUCAAAUGAGCAGUCGAAUCGUCGACUGAGUAGUUCUGAUCAUAAACAAUCUCAACGUCGCAGUUCUGAUACGAAAAGAAAAUCAUCAUCGAAUUUAAAUGAAUCAUCAGUAAAGAAAAAAAGUCAUCCAUCAAGCAAAAAUAAACGUUCUAUGGAUAGUGAUUCACCUGUUGAUUCGACAUCAGAUUCUGAAUAUACUCAUUCAUCACAUAAAAGUAAAAAGAAAUCCGAUACACAUUCAACAUCAACAAAAUAUAAACCUCGCGAGUCAAUAUCACCACAAUAUGAUGAAGAUGAAACUCUUAAUGAUCAAUUAUUACGUCAGACACAAACGAAUGUUAAAUCUCCGAAACGUACGAUUGUUAUAACAGACAGAAAAAAGGAUGAAAAUAUAAAACGAACUAGUAAAUAUACAAAAUCAAAUCCAGAUAUUGAGUUUCUUGGAUCAAAAAUCAUUAGUCGAGAUAAAAAAUCUAUCGAAACAAUACAUCAACAAGCUGAAAAUAAUAAAAAAUCAAUGGAUAUUAAACGAGAAAGAAAAUCACCUAGUAGAUCAUCAUCCGAUCAACAAAAACGGCGUUCAUCUGUGACAACAACUAACAAUGCAAUGAUUAAUGAUAGAAAUAUGCAAGUUAAAAUAGAAGACACGAAGCAUCAAUCAAAUAAAGCACAAAAUUCAUCUGAACAAUCGGAUCGUGCUUCACAAUUAACUCCACCAAUUGUACAACUCUCUCCAUCACCUUCAAUAACAACAACCUCUGACAUAUUAGAAAAAGGAUCUGUUACACUUUCAAAUGAACUUGAAAAAACUACAUCUGUUCAACCACCAUCACCAAUAUGUGUUAUACUUGACGAUGACGAUUCUAUUCCAUCGCCAUCCACCGAUAAAAAAGUUGUGCCCCAAUCGUCGACAAUACCCGUCAAACGAACUCAUGAGAGUGAUAAAAGUAGUUCUAAACCAGCGAAACGUUCUCAUGAUUCCGAUAAAAAUCGUAGCAAAGAAAAAACUAAUGACAAUACUGAAACAAAACGUAAACGACUUAAUGACGAUAGUUCAAAAAAGCCAGCAACAAGUCGUAAAACUGAAAAUGAUAAUCGAUCAACAAGCAACCGAUCGGAUAGUCGUCGCCCUGUAAAUACUUCAUCAAGAGAUGAACCAUCAAGUCGUCAAUAUAAAGAAAAACCCGAAUCAAGACCUGGCAAAAGUAAUGGUUCAAAAGAUCGUAAUUUACCUGCACCACCACCACCGCCAUCCUCAUCAAAAUCACGAGGUGCUAGCGAUCGUCGAGAUGUGACAAGAUCUUCACCUGAAAAAAAACGUUCGACACAUCGGCGUGGGAAAGAAAAAGGUCUAGAAAAUGUAACCGACUCUGAAGAACAUAUUGAAGAGCCAGUUAUACCAAAACAAACGGCUCUUGAAGCUUACAUGUCUAUGGAUUGGUCAUUGCUAUCUCGUGAUAAACGUAUUCCAAUGAAUACUCAAGUUACAUCACGUAUAGCUCGUGUAGAUAAUAGCAUUAAUUUACUUGGUGUAUCUGAGCGUUUGUUAACAAAGGAGCAAAAAGAAAAGUUAAAUGCAGGAGAAUUUCAAUCAUCACCAUUAACACAUUUUAUGAAACAAUUACAAACGAAAUCUAGCUCACAAAUUAUCAAUUCUUGUCAUAGACGAUUUGGCUCAUGUGCUAAAGAUAUGAUUGAUAUGAGACAUAAAUGGUUUUUAAGAUCUGCCGAACCAGUUCAACAAUAUGAAUUUAUUAAUAAAGAACAUUAUAUAGCAUUUCAACAAGCUAUUAAUUCUCUAUUAGAUAAAACAUCAAAUGAUACUCCAACUUUACCAAUUGAAACAACAACAACAACAACAACAACAACAACAACUGAUGCUUUAUUGUCAUAG